GAGUGAGUGGGCAGGACCGACUGACUAACUUCAAGUCGUGCAGGUUUUCCAUGUCAGUUGAGCCUAUCCCUCUGCGCGCGUGUGCCGGUGAGGUGAUGUUGUCCGUUGUACAUGCAUGCUGUAGAUGCGAAAUUAAGAAGACAGUGGACCUCAAACUGCGAAAUAACAGUCAGUCAAACUGAGCUCAACAGCACCACCUAGAGGACCCCCAUCUAAUGCCCCACCGGAGAUGCUGGAAGUGGGAUUAGCGAGCAUUUGAUCCUGCCACACCUACCCACCAGCCACACUGGAAUUACCGUCAAAGAUUCAGUGACCGUUCCAACUAGGGCUGGGAGUGAGAAAAGUGAAGGUGUCAAUCAUUUCGCUUCCUGCUCCUCCCUUGUUUCCUUCAUCUGGAUGAAUAACUGAUCUAUAGGUUGAGCCAUGGUCUGUACAAGGACACAACAGUAGCGUUUUCACACCGGAUCAGGACAGACCUCCACGCGAGCCGCAGCAGCAGAACCAUGGAGGCGUCCCGCGCCGCGUACAUCGCCGCGUCGCCCACGGCCCCGCCCGUCACCUCGUCCUCCUGCCCCUACAUGCUGCGCUUCUUCAGCGAGUACCAGAACAACAUGGUGAUCGUGGCGCACUACAACUACACGGGCAAGCUGAAGCAGGACAAGUACAAGGACGGCCUGAAGCCCGAGGCCAUCGCCUUCCUGCUGGUGUGCCUGCUGAUCGUGCUGGAGAACGCCGUGGUGCUGGCGGCCAUCUGGAAGAACAAGAAGUUCCACCUGCCCAUGUACUACCUGCUGGGCAACCUGACGCUCUCCGACCUGCUGGCGGGCUUCACGUACAUGCUGAACAUCGUGAUGUCGGGGCCCAACACGCUCAGGCUGACGCCGCUGCUGUGGUUCCUGCGCGAGGGCGGCGUCUUCAUCACGCUGGCCGCCUCGGUGGUCAGCCUGCUGGCCAUCGCCAUCGAGCGCCACGUCACCAUGGCGCGCAUGAAGCCCUACCAGGGCGCCAAGCGCGGGCGCAUGUUCGCGCUGAUCGGCGCCAGCUGGGCGCUGUCGGUGCUGCUGGGCGUGCUGCCCAUCAUGGGCUGGAACUGCAUGGGCGACCUGGAGCGCUGCUCCACCGUCCUGCCGCUCUACGCCAAGAGCUACAUCCUGUUCUGCGUGACGGUCUUCUCGGCCGUGCUGCUGGCCAUCGCCGCGCUCUACGGCCGCAUCUUCCGCGUGGUCAAGUCCAGCACGCGGCGGCUGGGUGGCAGCCUGCGCAAGAAGAGCCCGUCGGCGCGGCGCUCGCAGAAGUACAUGGCGCUGCUCAAGACGGUGACCAUCGUGCUGGGCGUCUUCGUGGCCUGCUGGCUGCCGCUCUUCGUGCUGCUGCUGCUGGACUUCGUCUGCCCGGCGCGCGCCUGCCGCGUGCUCCUCAAGGCCGACUACUUCCUGGGCGUGGCCAUGGUCAACUCGCUGCUCAACCCGGUCAUCUACACGCUGACCAGCAAGGACAUGCGGCGGGCCAUCCUGCGGCUGCUGUGCCGCCGCUGCCUGAUGACGGAGGACGGGCGGGUCAAGAAGCUGGGCAUUCCCUUCCUGGAGUGCAGCUUCAGCAAGACGGACGUGGCCUCGCACCGCUUGGAGGGCAUAGAGACCACCAUCUCAUCGGGGAACGUCACUCCCUCACCCAUCAAGGCCAUCCACCCCAAGCUCUUCAUCAGCAAGUCCUAAAGAGAAGGGACUCAAUCUCUUCUCUAGGACAGAGGACUCUUCCUCAGCAAGUCCUAAAAAGGGGACUCAAUCUCUUCUCUAGGGCAGAAGGCUCUUCUUUAAUGCGUCCUAAAAAAGGGGACUCAAUCUCUUCUCUAGGACAGAAGACUUCCUCAACAAGUCCUUAAAAAAGGGGACUCAAUCACUUCUCCAGGGCAGAAGACUCUUUCUUAAUGUGUCCUAGAGAGAGAGAACUCAGUCUCCUCUCUAGGACAGAAGACUCUUCCUUAAUGUGUCCUAAAGAGAGUGGACUCAAUCUCCUCUCUAGGACAGAAGGUCUGUGUUCAGUCUGGGUGUUGCACCCAUGUCUGCACCAUGCCAGUGCAAGAAUGCAGAGCAUAGCAGCUUUGCAUGGCCUCCAAGCUGAUGCCAUUUUAGUGCCAAUCUGUCCCACGUACCCUAGCAACUGAAGAAAGAUCAGGGAAAGAAAUCACUUCCUUUUGGAGUUUUGGAGGGUUUUUUUUUACAAACUGAUGAAAUACCACUUUACCUGAUAACAGACUAGUUUCACAAAAGAGCAUGGACUGAGAUGGAUUUUUUUUUUUUUUUUUUUAUGGACAACUUUAUGCCUUAUUCUGCAUUUCAAGUUUGCACUAAACCUCUUAUCUCUAACGUCAAGACGUUUUGCCCCUCUCUUCCUGUAAAUGAGCUAGUCUUCCUCUACAAACAACCCUUUCUCUUUAUGUUUUCAUGCUUUUGUAUUUUUCUCAAGACGGAGCUUUGAUUACGUUUUUGAAUAUGUGGUGCCAUUGGACGUCGCUGGCUCGACAUCCCGGGCCACAGCAGGCUGUGGUCGCAGAUAACCUACUGUGACAGACUGAAGUGAAUGCCUCGGCAGCGGUUAGCGCACAGCCGGCCGCUCGUCGGACACAAAGGCAGGAACUGUGUGGCGGAGUGGAAACGGUCCACUACAGACGCCCUCACCACGCAGCUCUGCCCAGAUAGGCACCGUGGACGCAAACAGCAGUGGAGUUUCGGAAGAGUGGCGAGGACUUGAUAGCACAAGUGUGGUUUAAAAAGAAAAAAAAAAUCUGAUUGUGCCUUUCACAAAGCAUGGUCUACUUGUUUCAAAAAGCGUCCAUUUCAAAAGGCAUGAAUUUCAUUGUGUUGUAAGAGGAUUGCUAUCAGUAGCUUGUCGAGCUCCUCAAAAGAUGUUGAGGCCAUGAUUUGUAACAGUCAGUCUUAACUGAACUGAACAGAGAUGGAAAAAAUGCUGUAUUGGCAGGUUUCAAAUUGAGUAAUUCCAUUUAUUGCCAUGCACCACUGCAUAAACAAAGACAGUAGAUUGUAUUGAUAAUAAUUAGAAAGUGUGCACAACUAUAAAGAAAAAAAUAUAUUUACAUUGGCCCAACAAAUUCUUGUCAUUUUAAAAUAUUACCCUAGACUCGUGGUGUAGUUUAAAAACAGUUUAUGAAAGUAUCAGUUUUGUCUUCCAAUGGAUCUAAAUGCAUUGUGGCUUUUACACAAGUUUCUCUGUGAAAGACAUUAUUUCAUAUUAAUUGUGUGUAUAUGUAUUAUAUAUUUUUUUUAAUAAUAAAAUGUCUUAAAACCUUUUGUUACAGCUGACCUAAAUUAUGGGAUAUUUUCAUAAUUGUGUACUUUCCAAAAGAAAAUAAACAGAACUUC